AUGUCUUGCUUAGGAAAGAAGAUCGGGGUGAAGCCCCCACACAAGAAGGAGGCCCCUAAAGAUGCAGAUAAAGAUAAAGAGACAAAGAAAGCCCCUAAAGAAGGAGACAAAGAUAAAGAGGUAGAAGGGGCCCCUAAGGAUGCAGAAAAAGAUAAAGAGACAAAGGAGACGCCUAAGGAUGAAGAGAAGGAGAAGGAGACAGACGGGGCCCCCAAAGAAGGAGAUAAAGACAAGGAGACAGAGGGGGCCCCUAAAGAAGGAGACAAAGAUAAAGAGGUAGAGGGGGGCCCUAAAGAUGCAGAGAAAGAUAAGGAGACAAAGGAGACCCCCAAGGAUGCAGAAAAAGAUAAAGAGACAAAGGAGGCCCCUAAGGAUGAAGAGAAGGAGAAGGAGACAGAGGGGGCCCCUAAAGAAGGAGACAAAGAUAAGAAGAGUGAGGGGGCCUCUAAAGAUGCAGAGAAAGAUAAAGAGACAAAGGAGGCCCCCAAGGAUGAAGAAAAAGAUAAAGAGACAAAGGAGACCCCCAAAGACGGAGAUAAAGAUAAAGAAACAGAGGGGGCCCCUAAAGAUGCAGAGAAAGAUAAGGAGACAAAGGAGGCCCCUAAGGAUGAAGAGAAGGAGAAGGAGACAGAGGGGGCCCCUAAAGAUGUAAAGAAACAGAAGAGUGGAGGGGCCCCUAAAGAAGGAGACAAGGAGAAGGAGAAGGAGAAGGAGACAAAGGGGGCCCCCAAGGAUGGGGAGAAGGAUAAAGAGACAAAGGGGGCCCCUAAAGAUGCAGAGAAGGAGAAGGAGACAGGGGAGGCCCCUAAGAAAGAAGAGAAGGAGAAGGAAACAAAGGAGGCCCCUAAAGAAGAAGAGAAGGAGAAGGAGACAGGGGGGCCCCCUUCUGAAGCAUCAGAAGCAGCAAAACGAGCAGCAUCACCAGCAGCAGAGGCUUUUGAGGCCCUGCGGCGUGAGGUGUCAGGGCUUAGGCAUGAGAAGGAAGCUCUAGAGAAGAGAGUAGAGACAGCAGAGAAGAGAGCAGCAGACUUUGAAGAACAACUAGGGCGUCUCCCUUCAGAGACACGGAGGGCCCUUCAAAGAGGGGAGACACUUCGCUCUGAGGGGCGUCGGGGGGCCCCUAAUGAUCGCUCAAAGGGGGGCCCCCGUAGCAGCAAAGAAGGAGACAAAAAACAAAAGGAAGAGCCCCCCAAACAAACCGAUAAAAAAGUGUCUCCUUUAAUUAAAGAUGAAAGCCAGCACAGUCAGACAGAAGAACUAGAAAAAGAAGAAAAGCAAUCUAGGAGUCAGGAAGAGGAGGGCCCCCAGGACGAGGGGGGCCCCCAGGAGGAUGAGGGGGGCCCCCAGGAGGAAGAGGGGGGCCCCCAGGAGGAAGAGGGGGGCCCCCAGGAAGAGACAGAGAGCAGAAACGAAAAGGAGACACCUGAUAAGAUAGAGAAGAGAGGCAGCAAUGCCUCUGGUGCGGGCCUCAAGGUAAAGGGGGGCUCCCAAGAGAGAGAGGAGACAGCUCGAGAGCAGCAAGAAGAGACAGAAGCAAAGAAGGAGAAGCAGGGGCCCCUGAUGCAGCUGCUGAAGAGGCUCAGCCGCUCACGUACACCGAAGCAGCCUCCAGAGGAGGAGACACAAAGGAGACAGACAAUGCCCUCUGUGCAGCCAGAGGCCCCCAGCGAAGACAAGGAGACACUACAAGCUCUUAUCAACCGCCUCAGCUUGGAGACAAAAGAAGCAAAAGAAAAGAGACAGCAACUAGCACGAAGAGUACACGAGGCGAUGAUGAAGGCCUCAAUUCGCUUAGAUAAAUUGGAGACCACGUAUGCGCUGGCGUACAAAGAGGUGGAAGCAAACAACCGCAAGGCGCAACGGGCUCGUCUGGCUUACUAUGGCAGGUCUAAAGACCUACAGAUGCGCAUUGCCGCCCUCCUAGACAAAGUAUAUGAUAUGGAGACAACGCCCCCACUCCCGCCCAAGCCUAUUCGGAAGCCACCGCCUCGUCCUUCUGCAGCUGUUGCUGCAUGCAGCGAGGCGGAGGAAGGAGACACUUCUGGGGUGUAUGUACACCCCAACACGCAGCAGCCUUCUCCUUGCGUCUUCGUAGCACUACCAGAGACAGCAGAAAAGGGCUUGAGCACUCUUCCUCGCGAGCAGCAGACAGUGUGGAUACCUAUGCAGCUAUCAGACGGAGCCUCUCCUGCUGCUGCUGCUGCUGCUGCUGAACCAGCAGCAGCAGCAGCAGGAAGAAGACAAACUGUGGCCUUGCCUUGGUGUAUUUUUAAUGAGGCAUCCACGCAAAAAGCAGCAGCAAAGGCGGGGGGGGAGACAGAAAGGAGACAUACAGUGAUGGUACCUGCUUAUGUCUUUAAUGAUGUUGCAGCAGCAAAUGCUUACGAGAGACAGUGUGCUGCUGCUGAGAGGAGACAGACAGCAGCUCUUCCUGAGAAGAUCUCUAAAGAGGAGACAGCAGAAAAGCAGCAACCAUCUGCUGCAGCAGCAGAAAGGAGACAAUCUGCUGUCUCUCUUCCGUCUUUUCUCUUUAGGGGGUCUUCUAAUGCAGACACCCCAACGCAUGCAGCCCCAAAUAAUGAACAGCAAUUACCUCGUCGCGAGUCUUCGGUCCCCUUCCCCUUUAGUCUCUUCACCAGCUUCCAUAGCUUCAACUCAGACACUAACCAGCAGCAGCAGCAGCAGCAGCAGCAGCAGCAGCAGCAGCAACUUAAAGAUGGCCCUUCUGUCGAAGACGCGCAUCACGAGCUGCGCAAUGUCCCGCCUAUAGAGGCCCCCACAUCUGAAGGAGAAGAAGAAGAAGAAGAUAACAAAAAAGGAGACAAUAAAGGAGACAGUAAAGAAGAAGACAAUAAAGGAGACAGUAAAGAAGGAGACAACAAAGGAGACAGUAAAGAAGAAGACAAUAAAGGAGACAGUAAAGAAGAAGAAGACGAAGAAGAAGAAAAAGAUAUAUUCCCACCCCCAGGUGAAGCCCCCUCACCUGAGGCCCGUGAUGUCUUUAUAAACAGCAGCAGCAGCAGCAGCAGCAGAAGCGCCAGCCGUCUCUCUCAGUCUUCACCCCCUCCUCAGCUAAACAAAGCAGCGAGUAAGAGACAUCAUACACCUCUCUAG